AAUGUGGUUAGUUGCUCGGUGCUGAGCGGUGCAUCUCCGGUGGUGUUCCGUAUCUACGCUCAUAAAUCUACCACUGCUCUUUCUUAACUAACACCGCUCUGUCCCGACGCUGUUCCUGGACUUCUUCUAGCGGGAGGCAGAGCGACAUAUCUCAACCUUUAAACUUUUGAUACUGCGGGACUUUAUUUUUUAAAAGAGACCACGAGCUGAAAGCCAUGAAACAAUUCACCCCAGGGUUUUUGCCAGCCUACAACAGCCUCACUGACAAACAUCUUGCAGAUUACUUCAGCAACAGUCGAAUCAGAAAACACCUGCUAAAAGCAGGACUGAUCACCAGGAGUGGGAGAAUUGUUCCGGAAAAGGAUUAUAAACAUAAACUGAUCCAGACAGCCAACCAGAACAAUGUCCGAGAGUGCUUGGCCCAAGCCAUUUUCCAAAAGGUGCUGGAGAGAGAGCACUACUACCAAAUCGAGAUCAAAAGGAAACAGGCGGAUUAUGAAAGGAAGCAACGAGUGCAAAGGUUUAAGGUGGAGCGCUGUAAAAAGUAUGAGGAAGAGAUGAUCCGCGCCCUGACUCCAUGCCCCCCCAUGACAUCCAAGUCCAUAUGGACACAGUUCUCAGUUCCACUGGGGAAACACUUUCAAUCCUCUGACUUCCCAAGCGUGCCUCGACCAAACACGGCUCCUGGAAAGAUGCAGAGGCCAGUGCGCCUAAAGCCCAUCCAGAGGAGAAGCUACACAGCUUUACCCAGACACAUCUCACCUUACAGAAAAAGUACGUCCUUUCUGGAGAGCCAGCCGUUCAACUGCCUUAGGAGCUUCAAGUCCCGCAGACGUUUUACCCCAAAAGACAACUACCCUGGUCUCGACCGCUUCUGUCUCCCAGUCACCAAGAACUUUAUAAUACCAGUGCCCCCAGAGACACCCCCAAAAGUCACCCCCAGCAGCACCAUCAGAAGCCGCAGACUGCGCCCCAGCACUUCUUCCAGUGGAGUUGAGGAACCCCCUUGGCUUAGGACCUCAGUUCACCAGAGUCGAGUGCGUGUGACCAUGGUGUACUUUGGCAAACUGGUUCAUCUCUCUGACCACCCAUCCAUUUUAAGGGAUGAAAUCAAAGUGCUACAGCAGCACUGUGGAGGAGAAAACUUGUGUGUGUACCAGGGAAAACUCUGCGAGGGAGAUGUUUUCCAGUUCCUUUCAAGGCGCCACAAAGGUUUUUCCUUUAGCUUGACCUUCUACCAGAACGGGUUGCUAGUGGAGCGGCUAAGCUCCUGCUGUGAAUAUAAACACAGUAAAGGCUCCCGAAUCGGAGGAAGGCAUGGACUCUUUGGCUUCUGUAGCAUGGAAGGGGCGUCUCCUUGUUACAAGUGCAUCUUAGCAAUGAGCAUGGACAGACAGCCCAUUCCUCCUCCAAAGAAAGUCAAAGAAGAACAAGUCAGAAAACAGUCAGCCGCUAGCCUUAAAGAUGAACCUGGGAAGGAAUCAAAUGCAAGUGAGGAGGAAGCUGCGUCAGACCAGGCGUUUGAGAGCAGUCAUACACCUGAAAUGGACACAACAGUCAGAAAACAGUCAGCCACUAGCCUUAAAGACGAAAAUGAAAUGGAGGCAGAGGCAACUGAGGAAGGAGCUGUUUCAAAACAGGAGCACACGAGCCAUCAAUCACCUGAAAUGGACACAACAGUCAUAGAACAGUCAGCAUCUGUGGAGAGCAACAUCAUAAAUGAUUAUGAAGAAGACUUUGAAGCAGAUAAUGAAAGUUCUAUGGAAGAAACAACAUUGCAAGAAAUGAAUGAUGGUGUGUUAGAGUUGAUAGAAAUUAAAACACUCCAUCUCUUUUUUUUUUUUUGCUCAGAAGAGAACAGGUCUCGUUCAGUCUCCGUCAUGUCAGGUAGAUGUACGGAGAAGACUGGUGUUGAAACCACAGAAACCUCAGAAGAUGAGGAGAAAGAAGAUAAUACUAAAGAGGACAACCAAGCAGAAGCUGCUGCUCCUGUAAGUAAAAAAGUCAAAUGGAUAAACGAGGAAACCUCUCCCGGCAUAGUCAAGUCCGCUUCGGUCAAUAACUCAGAGUUACUGGACGACGCCAUGGACAGCACAGGGAUUGAAAUUGCUGCCACCAGCGUCCUCCGGGGGAAUGAUAAUGAACUGAGCUCUGUCCCCUCAGAAGACAAAAAUGUAGAGGAUUCUGAAUAUGAGAUCACAACUGAGGAUGAGCUAGAGAGGGCCAAAUCUGUGCAGGAGAAGCUGGCAGAAGCCAUCCUGAAGGAGUCUCAGAGUAGCUCUGAGCCUGAAUUGAGCGACACUAGUACCGAGGAAGAGGAGGUAUCUGUGGAUAAAGCCCCUGACAAAGAAAACAAAGAACAUCUGAAGACUCUGGUAGAAGAGACGAGUUGUGAAGAAAAUGUUACCAAUGAAGUUGUAGAGGAACAAAAAGUGUUUACAGAAGCAGAAGAAGAGGAGGACAAGAUAUCGGACCAUGGUGACAACACUCAAGAAGAGAGAGUCGGUGAGGUUGGGGAGGAUGGAAAGCCCACAGAGGAUGAAGCCAGAACACAGAGGGAUAAAUCAGAGGAACCAGGUGAACCCCACCUCCCUGUAGACGGAGAGGUGGCACAAGAUGACAAGAUAGAGGAUCCCUUUGAAAGAAGUGAUGUUGAGGCUACCCAUAAUAAUGAAGAAAAAGUGGAAAAAGGUUCAGCGAAACCUGACAGUCAGCAUGAUGAGUCGGGGCAAAGGGCAAAAAGCAGAGAAGAGGAUGAGUCAUCAGUAUUAGAGCCAAGUGAGGAGGCCGAUGAGCCAGCAGUGCCAGAUAUUGCUGAGGCAGAGGCUACAAGCGAGACGAUGGAGACAAAAGCAGAAUCGUCAGAGGAACAAGAGGCCCUCAGCUGUGAAGAGGCACCUGAGACCGGCACAGACGAGAUGCAGGCAGACAGCGAGGAAGCUCAAGUCACAGUGGAGAAUUUAAGCAGAUCACCAGAGGAGUGUGGGGACUCCACAACUGAGAAAACAGUAGAGAUGCAUGUGGAAGCUGUGAAAACCCGAAGCAUUAAUGAUAAAAUUCAUGUAGAAACAAAACAGCAAUUGUCGAGAACUGAAGAGGGAGAGGACGACAGUCGAGAGGAAAACUGUGGGGUAAGAGACGAAUCUGUGGAAGAACAUGAAACAGCAGAGAGGCAAAACCUUACACAUUUAGAGGAGAUAACAGAAGCUGAAAAUAAAGCAGAAGAAAUUAAUGAUGAAAGCAAGGUUGAUGAAAGUAAUGAGCAAACUAAAAACCCACCAGAGGGGACCGAAUGUGAAGAAAUUCAAGAUGAGGAGAAUAAAGACAAAAUUAGAGAGACUGAGAAAGAUGGUAAUGAAGAAGAUGAGGGUAAAAUCAGCUGGGGCGAACCUGAAGCCACGACAGAUGAUAAAGGUCAAGCUAGCGAAAAAGGGAGUGAGACAAAGAAAGGUUUACGAGAAAAAGAUGAUGAAGCAGGAAUGUUGGAUAAUGGUGAGAAGGAAAAAGUUGAAGGGAAUAAAACCAAUGAAGAAUAUGAAGAUAUAACCAAGAACAGUGUAGCAGAGGAAAGAGAAACAUCUGAGAUCACAGAAGUACCUCAGAAAAGUCAAGAUACUGACUUGGAUACAGAAAAAAUGAAAACAAGUUCUGAAAUGAUUGCUGAGUCAGAGAAAGUCAGUGAAAGUAAAGCAGCAGAAGGGACUGAAAUGCAUCAGCCAACUCUAGCUGUUGCAGAAUCUGAGACUGGUGAAAGAGAAGCAGAGAAGGAAAGUGAAAGAGGAGAAAUAGACGCUAAAAAUGGGGAGAGUUCUUUCGCGACUGAGCGUGAACCUCAAGAGGAUGAGGAAAAUGCUGUAACAUCUGACGAGAAAAGACAAACGGAUGAGCCAGAUGAAGAAAUUGAGAGCACAGAAGUAAAAGAGGUAGUUAUGGAGUCUGGAGACAAUGCCGAAAAACAAGACAGCUUGACUGAUCAGACCCCAGAGACUGGUGUACCGGAAAGCGAUGCCAAAGAAACGGAUGGCAGCAUGGUGAAGCAUGAUGAAGCUGCUAGCAGGGUCUCAGAGCCAGAGACAUUUGGAGCAGAAAUACAAGAAGAGAGAAAUGCCAAUGAGGACGUAGAUGAAGUUGAAAAUGAGAACAAGGUGUGCAAUUUGAUCCUAAACAACGCUGAGAGCGAUAUCGGUGAGGUGUCUCCUUUAGGCGAAAUCUCUUCUGCUGCUGAUGUGGAGGAAACAGCUAAGCAAAAAGAUGAAGGAACAUCUAGGUCUAUAACUGACAAAGCACUAGAAACCGGAGAGAAUGGAGAGGACACAGAGGAGGCAAGCAAGGCAUCAGAGGAAGGAGCAAGUGUGCUGCGCAAACCUCUAGCUCCAAACACAGAGGGAGAAGAUGUUGUCAGUGAAGGAACCCCAGAGGCUUUAUCAAGAGAUGACAAUACGGAUAUGGUCACAAACUGGAUACAAAUGCACCAAACAUCAAAGUUUUUCGAGACAUUUGUUGAGCCUUUAGAAGAUCUGAGGAAUGAGGUCCCAGAUGCACAGGUAUCCAACCCAAAUGGUGAAGAAAAAGAAUCUGCCGAGCUACUAAGACCAGAGAGCCCAACAAAGAUGGGAAGGAUCUCAGAGGAUGGAGACAUAGAGGACUCAAGAAAAGAAACUCAAGCUAAAGCUAUUGAAGGUGGACUACAAGGCAGUGAGGAGGCCGGUAAGAAAAGCCCUGAAACAAGUAAAGAGCCUGACCAACAUGACAGUAGGGGAUCACAAGGAGAUGACCAAGUAAGUCAAGAGGGAAACAUACCUUUUACAACUGAAGUGGAAACUUUCUCAAGUUCUCUCAAAGCCAAAAGCGAUUUUGAGAAUCAAAGUGGUGGAAAUGCAAACAGUGGUCCAGGCUUGAUUGUCAUACAAACAGCCACAGAUCCUUCAUUCAAACCAGAACAAUCAAACUCUCUGAACGGACAGGGCGACACAGACAACACAUUGAACAACAUCAGCAGAGACGGGCAUCAAAUAACGAAGCUCACAACAUCUCACUCAGCUGAUGGAAGCAGGCAAGAGUCCUGCGAUGAAGAUGUCCAAACUAAAAUGUUAGAGCGACGCUUCAGUGGAGAGACAAGAGACACGCAAAUCAUCGAAGACAUCAAACACACCCUGAGCAAAGAGCGCCUGAGCACUUUCUCAUUGUUUGGACACACUUCUUAUCGACUGACCACUUCAGGGUCUGAAGGUGGACAGUAACGAUAAUGUGAUAUUUUAAUCGCUAAUUUGAGAAAAUCUUGUUUAACUUAAGAUCCAUCGAUAAUCAAUUGCAGCAAUCAAGAGCAAAUACGACACAGGUUUGGGUUUGACAGAAUUCCUCAAGUGUCUCUUACUGCCUGUAUGUUUUUUGGAAUAAGUACUUAGACAUCCGUCGCACCUGAAUAACCAGAAAGAACAAGCUGUACCUUGUGUUUUGACUGCUGGUCGCAAUGUUUACAGUAGACCCACCUCUUCUUCUGUUAGUCACAAUGUGGCGGUAUCAAGUACAGCCGCUAUCAUCUAUUACCUGUAAACGGAUCCACCUCGACUCCUGCUUACGGAUGAUUGAAUAAUUCAUAGCUGUCAGACUCCCGCAUCUUUAGCCGACCUCUGAUGCACUUUACAUUUCCAACCAAGUGGCUAUGAGCAGGCCAGCUUUCAUCAGGGGUCUGUAAUUCAAACUGGUAAUGGCCAUUUCAAUCAACAGUCUGACAUGAUUACCUAGUGACAUUAUCAGCAACAGGAGACCGAUAAUGAUGAUUAGCUUGGUGGUGAUGAAGUGAAAUGUCAAAAAGAUCCUUGCUGCUAAUACCUAACUGUAUUUUUUUUAGAUAGUUAAUAUUUUUAUUGUCUCAUGUUUAAGUGUAGGUGUGUGCAGCUUCAGCAUUUUUUGUGAUAUCUAUCCCUGAUGUACAGCUUGUGUGAAUAGGCCAACAUGAAAAUAAAUGUAAUGAGAAUUGAAA